CAAACGUCAACCGCGACUGACAACAAACUGUACACACAAUUUCAUGCAGCUGGCAUUCCGGCUAGCAAAGGGGGCCGCUCAUCGGUAAAUAGCUGGAAUUAAGUGUUCGCAGUGUUUUUGGGUGCUCGGAAUUAUGUCCGCGCUUAAAAGUAACGCGGUCGUCGUGUUAUCGCUUGUAGUAGUGCGUCUCCAGUCCGCCCUGUAUUCGAUAAUUUCCGAUUGCGACGAGACGUACAAUUACUGGGAGCCGUUGCACUAUCUGCUUAAGGGCAAAGGUUUUCAAACAUGGGAAUACAGUCCCGAAUUUGCCUUACGGUCCUACAGCUACCUAUGGCUACACGGGCUGCCGGCGAAAGUGUUGCAGCUGGUGACUGAUAAUGGUGUUCUUAUUUUCUACUUCGUCCGGUGUCUACUGGCUGUAACUUGUGCCUUGCUCGAGUAUCGCCUGUACAGGAUUUUGGGACGGAAAUGUGGCGGCGGUGUGGCUAGUCUGUGGCUGCUUUUCCAGCUUACCAGUGCCGGAAUGUUUAUCUCUAGCGCUGCGCUGUUGCCCAGCAGUUUUUCCAUGUACAUUACCCUAGCAACGAUGGCUGCGUGGCUGAAUGAAGAUACGCGAACGGCUAUUGCGGUAACAGCAUUUUCCGGACUGAUUGGUUGGCCUUUCGCUGUUAUAGUGGCCGUUCCCUUCGUUCUCGAGCUGCUUUUUAGAAAAAGAAAGUUUUUGGAUUUCUUUAAAAAUGCCCUACUCUAUGGAGCCAUGUACGGUGUGCCGAUAGUGCUCAUCGAUAGCCUUUACUUUGGAACAUUUACGGUCGCCGCGUUAAACAUAAUCCGCUAUAACGUGUUUACCUCCCACGGACCUGAUUUGUACGGCGUAGAGCCUAUAAUGUUCUACGUGAAAAAUCUGUUUCUAAACCACAAUAUUACGCUUAUGCUCAGCCUGUCAUAUCCGUUGGUGGUACUGACGGCUGCAUGUCUUGGUGUUAGGAACACAAAAAAUCGACUCUCACCGAUGCAAGGCCUAUGGUUGAUGUCACCUCUCUAUUUAUGGCUUUUUGUGUUUGCCAUACAACCGCACAAAGAAGAACGAUUCAUUUUCCCCGUCUAUCCCUUAUUUGCACUUGGAACAGCACUGCUAAUGGAUCAACUGUUUUCCCACAUGCGACGCAUCCUCGGUGCAGGACGCUCCUCCUUUCCGAAUCGUCUAAUGGGUUUCGCCGUCCUGGCAGUGGCACUCUGUCUAGGUGUAUCGCGAAUGCUGGCCACGUCGAUGUACUACCGUGCACCGAUGAGCGUGCUGAGUGACCUGCCUCCAACCAAUGAGGAAUUGAGCGUAUGCUACGGCAAAGAGUGGUAUCGGUUUCCCGGGAACUUUUUCUUGCCCCCGAACUAUCGGGCCCGGUUUGUCGAGUCCAGCUUCACCGGCAUGCUGCCGGCAUACUAUGACGAAACUCAAAACGGCACGCAAAUUGUGCACGAUUACUUCAACGACCAGAACAUGGGCCAUCCGCACAUGCUGUUCGAGCUGAGCCGAUGCGAUUAUCUGGUGGAUUUCGACAAGGGCGCGUUUUACGACGAGCUCAGCGCGGAACCAAACUAUUCCGUCGACAGGAAGACGUGGUCUAUCGCUAGUAGCGUUGAGUUCGUGCAGGCCGACGAGUCGGCAUCAUUUGCUCGCGCUUACUAUGUACCAUUGGUGUCGUAUCGAUAUUUAGUUUGGGGCAGGUACAAUCUGCUGCGACGUAACAAAAUGAAACCUAUAUCGUAAGCCUAUUUGGCUGGUGUGUUGCUACGGAAGGACUCAUCGGGACCCUUUGUCGGUCGUGGUCUUUGAACAUUCUGUGCAUCCAGGGUGUUGAGCCAAAGAAGAGGAAGCAGCUGUCAGAAUAUGUGUUCGUAAAUGAGGAAGAUUCUAUGUUGGUGAUUCAUGGUGAUCCUAAUGCCAUUACGGUUGUUACACGUGUCUUACCAGUUUGCCUAGUUAUUUAGAGAUUUUAAAGUGCAGUCUAUUACGACAAAUAUCAUUAAAUAUUGAUUAAAAUAUAUACUUUUCAACUAAAUAA